AUGCAGCCCACAACCCUCCUCCUCCUCGCGCUCAGCGCAGCUCCAGCCAGCGCCUUCGACAAGACCUGGAUCUCGACGCAGGGCGACCGGACCGAGUGCGGCGAGCAGAUCCAGGAGAACGCCGACCUGCCGGCCGAGAACCGCGCCAACACGGCCGACUGCAAGCAGAUCGCCGACGUCAUCGGCGUCAGCGAGGGCUACUGGCGCACCUACGACUGGGUCGACAACGCCGACCCGCGCUACACGUGGGUCGACCUCGAGUUCUCGGGCAACUGCGUGUUUUCUGUCAAGCAUGCGGAUCCGAAGUCGACGGCGGAUAUUCGAGUCGGCAAUGCCGACAUCGAGGACUACAUCCGGAUUGCUCUGCGGGACGGCGACCACGACGGCCAGAUGGCCCAGCAUGGCACCUUUUACUGCCAGAACGCCAGAGACUUCGCGUACACUGAGCUGCUUGAGUGGAGAGUCUGGAAGUAUGUGUCGCACACUGACCGGGUCUCUGCUACGAGCUCAAAGGAUGAAGAAAAGUAA